AGUCGUACCCCGAUCUUCAUCAUUCGUCUCGUUUCGUAAUUAAAGAUCUCACCUACCCUCUCUGUCCUCUCUCUCACGUUGUGUUUGCGUUUGAUCCGCCAUGGCUACCAUGUCCAGGCUCUCGACUCCGAGCCCUACCGCUCAUGCGUCGUCUACGUUCAAAUCCGGAUCGUCGCAGCCCAAGAUUCUGAUCGGUUUCUACAGUGGAAGCAGUUUCAACGCCAAAGUUUCAUCUUCCAAAUUAGCCGUGCGGGGUAACCAUGCUAGGAGUGGCCCUUUGGUUGUCAGAUGUUCCCAAGUUGAUGGAAAUGGAAUUCCAGCAAAGCGAACAGUUCUUCAUGAUCUCUAUGAGAAGGAAGGGCAGAGUCCAUGGUAUGAUAACCUCUGCCGACCUGUUACUGAUCUGCUUCCUCUGAUUGCAAGUGGCGUUAGAGGUGUAACAAGCAACCCAGCGAUCUUCCAGAAAGCAAUAUCAUCUUCAAAUGCUUACAAUGACCAGUUCAGGGACCUUGUUCAAUCAGGGAAAGGCAUUGAAGCUGCAUACUGGGAGCUCGUGGUGAAGGACAUUCAAGAUGCGUGCAAACUUUUUGAAUCAAUCUAUGACCAAACAGAUGGUGGUGAUGGCUAUGUUUCUGUUGAAGUGUCCCCCAGACUCGCUGAUGAUACUAAAGGGACCGUAGAGGCUGCAAAAUGGCUCCAUAAAGUGGUUGAUCGCCGUAAUGUUUACAUAAAGAUUCCUGCUACGGCUGCAUGUGUCCCUUCAAUUAAGGAUGUUAUUUCACUUGGCAUAAGCGUCAAUGUGACACUCAUAUUCUCUCUUUCUAGAUAUGAAGCAGUCAUUGACGCUUACUUAGAUGGCCUUGAAGCUUCUGGGUUAAGUGACCUCUCCAAGGUUACAAGUGUUGCUUCCUUCUUUGUCAGUCGGGUAGACACUCUUGUUGACAAGAAGCUUGAGAAGAUUGGAAGCCCAGAGGCCCUUGAUCUUCGAGGAAAGGCUGCAGUCGCUCAAGCUGCAUUGGCGUACAAGCUUUACCAGAAGAAAUUCUCUGGUCCAAGAUGGGAAGCUCUGGUGAAAAAGGGUGCCAAGAAGCAGAGGUUGCUGUGGGCCUCAACCAGUGUUAAGAAUCCUGCCUACCCUGACACCUUAUAUGUUGCUCCUCUCAUUGGACCUGAUACGGUUUCAACCAUGCCUGACCAAGCUCUUCAAGCAUUUAUUGAUCAUGGUGCUGUUUCGAGGACGAUUGAUUCGAAUGUAUCUGAAGCUGAAGGCGUUUACAAUGCACUUGAGAAGUUGGGCGUUGACUGGAGUGACGUUGGCUCCCAGCUCGAACUUGAAGGUGUGGAUUCUUUCAAGAAAAGCUUUGACAGCCUGCUCGAUACCCUGCAAGAGAAGGCAAACUCUCUUAAAUUAGUCAGCCUGUGAGCCUUUUGGGUUUUGCUUAUUUAGUGUCAUGUUAAAUCAAUAAAACUAGUGGGUGCUGAAACCUGCUGGAAAUGUAGUUGACGAGUGCAUUAUAAGACGUUAAUGACGUAUCAUGUAUGAGUAUGCUUCAUUGGGAUGUGAGGUUUGAAAGGCCAAUGACUGGAUCUUGGUCAGUGAUUUGUAAAGAUUAGUAAUGAUCUAUAAAAAGUGCAAGUUUUUUUCUUUCC